GACGCCUAAUCUGCAAUAACAUGACAAUUUGAAUCAGCUUCGCAACUUAGAAUUUGAUUUUACAUAAGACGCCAGAUCAUUUUUCAUUAUCAACUAUGGACAACCCGGCGCCUGGCACGCUGAGCUGGCGCCUCAGCUCGCAUCCCAUUACAUUGUUAUGUUUCCUAGGAUUUAGAAUAGCAAGUGUAUUGAUUUACCUACUCGGACUAUUAUUUACGGAUAAUUUUGUUCUCGUUUUUAUCUUAUGCAUCCUCGCGCUCGCCAUGGACUUUUACUACCUCAAAAACAUUGCGGGCCGACGGCUCGUGGGACUAAGAUGGUGGAAUGAAGUAGUUGCGUCGUCGGGCGACUCACAUUGGGUCUUUGAAAGCUCUGAUCCAAAUGAACGACGGACGAAUGCGACAGAUAGCCGCUUUUUCUGGUGGGCGCUGUACCUCCAGCCCUUGGCGUGGGUAGCGCUGGCCAUUGUGGCGAUUGUCAAAGUUGAGGUUAUCUGGUUGAGCUUAGUCGUUAUUGCUCUGGUCCUUACAAUCACCAACACAGUUGCGUUCUCCCGCUGUGACAAGUUCAGUCAAGCAUCGAAUUUGGCCUCGACCGCGUUCAAUACCGGCGGUCUGGCACGGAGCAUCGCCGGCGGCAUGUUCAGUCGGAUGUUUAGGUGAUAAACUCAAAGAGAGUGAGAUUGGCAGAAAAGGGAUUAAACUUGUGGAGUUUAACGGAAUCUUCUUUUUCGCCUGCAAUGUUUUUUGUUUACGUAUAUCAUCUUGUUCGACGACGACAGCCUAGCUAGUACUUCAAUGCUGGGACGAGUCCUCUAUAUCAUCAACAUUUUCCAAAACAAAAAAAUGUCGUGUUGCAUAAUACAUCGUAUAACCUUCUAAGACAAGCGCCCUC